CAGUAAAAGCGUCGUUCAAUGGCGGAUCACUCUUCACGGUUACGACCCGAGCAGCUACGCCGGCGCCGCCGUCUGUCCGCACACAUCGCGAUCCAAUACCAAUUCCGUCAUCUCCACCGGCAGGACCUCAUCUAGGUGUCUUAGCACCGUCUCACUCACUCUCCGCCGCAGGAAUUUCGUCGUCAAUGCUUUACAAUCACGAAAGAUACUCUCCUAGGGUUCCCGGUGUAUCGGUCACGACUCCAACGCAUUCGUAUGGGCCCCCAGGCGUUGAUAUGGGGUCCACAGCUGCCACCUUCGCUUCCGUGUACGCCGAUUUGAAGCGUUCUUCCUCUGAAUCCCUUUAUCAUCCGACUCUUUUGGAUGCCCAUAACACAAUCGGGCAUUCUGACACUUCGUAUUCAACGAACCAUUUAGCCAAGCGCCCUAGAUAUGAGAAUACGAGCCAUUUGCCCAUUUAUCCCCAGAGACCUGGAGAGAAGGAUUGCGCUUAUUAUAUGCAAACGAGAACCUGUAAGUUUGGAGAUAGCUGCAUCUUUGACCAUCCUAUUUGGGUUCCAGAAGGGGGACUCCCAGAUUGGAAAGAGGUUCCCCUUUUACCAAGUGAAUACCUCCCAGAGAGGCCCGGAGAGCCAGACUGUCCUUUCUUUCUGAAGACUCAAAGAUGCAAAUUUGGUACGAGGUGCAAAUUCAACCACCCAAGAGAGAAAACUCUUCUCAUGUAUGGAGCUGAUAAUGAUGGUGGCGCUUUCUUACCCGAGAGGCCAUCAGAACCGCCAUGUGCUUUCUUUAUGAAGACUGGACAAUGUAAAUUUGGUGCGACCUGCAAAUUCAACCACCCAAGGGGUAUGCAUACACCAACUGCUGGAGCAGAAAAUGGCAGUGUGAUGCCAAACCGAGUGGGAACACCUGGUCAACUAGAUUUUACUCCAGCAAUGUUGCACAACAGUAAAGGCCUUCCAAUUCGACCUGGUUUUGAAGAUUGUCCAUUCUAUGUAAAAACUGGCAGCUGUAAGUACGGGGCCACCUGUCGCUACAAUCACCCUAACAGAAUUGCAUAUGAUCCGUCAACAGCUGCUAUUGUGCCUUCCCUUUUAUCCUCUUCUUCAACACCGUUCAAUCUUGGUGUAGCUUCUGCAGCAUCCCUUCUGUCGACUUUUGAUCCAAGGCUUGCUCAGUCCGCGCUUGGAUUGGGACCAACAAUUUACCCUCAACGACCUGGACGGCCAGAAUGUGAUUAUUACAUGAAAACUGGUUUAUGCAAGUUCCGAGAUACCUGCAAGUUCCACCAUCCCUUUGAUCGAGCGGUAUCUGCAGCAUCAGUUAAAGAAUCUCAGCAGCAAAAUGUGAAGCUAACUCUAGCAGGUCUGCCUAGGAGAGAGGGGGCCAUACAAUGCCCGUUCUACAUGAAGACUGGAACAUGCAAAUAUGGACCGACAUGCAAAUUCGAUCACCCUCCUCCUGGAGAGGUGUUGAUCGUGUCGACUUCUGAAGGAGCCUCGGACUCGGCCGAAAAGGUAUCCGAGUAGAUCCUCCUUGUCUUCUUCUUAAUGUGAUUUGAGGACUUGCUUGUGUACUGUGUACUUAGUAUUUGUUGGGUGAGUUUGAUGAUGUUUGAGGACUUGUUUCUUUCUUUCUUGCACUUGAAUUGCCUUUUUUUUUCUUGUUACAUACACAUAUACUUUAUUCAAAUAAAUUGCUACUUAGAGAUUAAAAAGUACU